AUGAAUUGUUUACAAGUGCGUGAAGUUCCUGUGUGUUCUGUUUCUGCAAUACUGAAACAAAUCAAUUGUGCAUCAGUUCUAGAUGAAUAUCGUUUCUUGGCUGGGACAGAUGAAGGACUUUAUAUUGUUGAUAUUAGACAAAAUAUCAAUACACGUAUAGGUUCGCGUAAGCCAGUUUAUCAAGUUGAAGCAUUAGCCGAAGAACUUCAGUUGGCUGUUGUUAUUCAAGGUAAACAACGAUUCCUAAAAUUAAUCCUGGUUGGAUCAUUUGAAGGAAUGAAUUUAAAACCGAUCAAAAUUACUGAACCGAAAUUAUGCACUCGAUUCACUUGUUCAAUGAGUCGUAACAAUACAGUUUGUUUGAUUUGUGUGGCUAGUAAUCGUUCAUUGUUCAUUUUUGAGAUUGCACGUGUACAAGGAAGACAUAAACGUUUAAAAGAAAUAUCAUGUCCGUAUAUUGUUCAGUCUAUCAAUUUUGUUCGAGAUGGUGAUUGGAUAUGUGUUGGUUCAACUAAUUAUUUUGCCAUGUUUAGCAUAUGGACUGAUGGACCUGCUCAAGUUUUAUUGCGUGGAGACCUAAUUGACCUUGAUUCAAGUCUAACAUUCUUCCAACACUCACCUUCAGAAGCUCAUUGUGCUGUUCAGCUGGAUGAUGAUGAAUUUUUGUUAGCUUUUGAAAAUUGUGGAGUCUAUAUAAAUAGUAGUCAUAAAAGAACACGACCAGAUAAUCUUAUGUGGCCUGCUAAACUUAUUUCUGGUACUGCUGUCAGCUUUUCCUAUCCGUAUUUAUAUGUAUUUACAGAGGCUGGAUUAGUUGUUUUUAAUGCUGUUACUGGUUAUUGGGUAUCAACGCUUAGUUCUUGUCGUGUUCAACCGUUAAGUAUGGACGCACAUUUAUGCAUUGCACACCUAUCGGCAGUAUCUAUUUCAAACUCAUCGUCUCGCAAAUCAGCAUUUGCUAAUAUCAUAGAUCCUUCAACCGGUAAUAAUGCCACACCCGCCCCACCAAGCAUUUCUCCAAGCGAUUUAAUUGCUGGCCAACAACAACAGCAACUUUUACGCUUGAUCCACUUACCUCAGUCAUCCGACUACAAAGAACCAUCUAAACAAUUGUCAGCUUUACGAAGUAGGCGAUUACAAAUGCCUCAGUCUAGUAUAUUUGGUGUUACAGGGCGCAUGCGCAAAUCUAGUCGUUUCAAUUUGUACUCUCUUGUGGAAGAUGGUUUAUCACGUACUACCCAUGGGAUUAGUCCUGAAAGGUUAAAAAAUUCCCGUUCUCAGUCACAACAUCGAACUUUACAACCAUCUGUUCAGUCAACCGUACCAAUUAAUCCAGUGGGUGGAACUUCUCGUAUGUCACACCUGAUUUCAGGUCCUUCAGAUUUUCGGCAUAUUUCGCAUAUGGGACCACAAAUAACAGGUGCUCCUCUUCUGGAUCUCACUCCUACCCCUGGGGAAUCACCUCUUACGGAGGCUGAGCGAAUUGCAAGACUCAAGUCUGUAGUCGAAGAAAAAUCUGGUAUUUUACCCAAUUGUGGUGGUGACGGUCAUCUCAUAGGUUCUUCACCAAAAAACAACCCCAAUAUUCCACUUCAUCUUCCUUUUUCUGACCCAAAUAAUUCACCAGGUGGUUUUGAUCAUAAUGCUUCAUUGACUCAAAUUUCGACGAUGACAAAAUCUCAGUCUGAUUUAUCUGCGUUUAUAACUUAGUGUCCGUAAGCGACAGUCAGCUCCAUUAACACACAGAUUAAGUUUAACUGAUCUAGAAUAUAAUGAAGAUCAAAAUUAUAUAGAUCAAAAACUUUCUUUUAGUGUUACACCCGGUCAAUCCCAACGUGUUCGUUCUUCAUCGUUACGUCCUAGUGUAAAAAAUAUACUUUUCAAUUUCGGUGAUAUGGCUAGCAUGUAUAAUAAGUAUUCUUCUUCCAGAUCGGAAUCUUAUAAACGUCAUAGUGAUGCAUCAUCGCAUCAAAGUGUCACAUCAUCGAUAGAGAAAAACAAUGAAACUGUCGCUACACCAACUGCUUUUCCUUCACUUCGACUUUCAAAUUCUCCAAGUAUUCAAGAUACAGUGAUGGCAUUAUUUUCAAAGCUUUCUGAUGAUAGUCCUUCAUGUUCUUGAUUUUGCAACUGGAUCAUUUUGAUUGCCUUUGGAAUGUUAUUUAUUAUUCAACCAUAAGGUUCUUCCAUUUUUUUCGUUGAUUCUCAAUUAGUAGCAAUUGUCGACAUCAUGAUCAAUAUUUUGUGCAGGCUGUGAUUUUGUGGUAAAUGUAACGAUAAGAAACUUACCUUCUUUUCACAUGAUAUCACUAAACUUAGCUUCUUCAGUUUCGUUUAUUUUUGUUUGUAUUCCAUCAUUGACAUUUUGUGCAAAUUAAUAAUAAUGCUACGGAAAAAAAACAUCUUGCAAACAACCUCUGUAUAUUAUUAAAAGUGUUGUUAUUGUUUCUUUAUCACUGUACAUUUUUCCCUGUUUUUUUCCGCCUUGCACGCUCAUACUGUUCAUCCUGUCUUCCUUUAGGUUGCCAAAUCUAUCUGCCUCGAAUUCAUGUCAUUUCAAUUUUGACUGUUUACUCUCAAGUAGUCCCAUGAUGUUAACGCUUGAUCAUUGUAAAUCUUUUUCAUUAUGUCCUUGUUUCCCUUCUUUUGGAUAAAGUCAUUAUCACCAGGCAAUUCAUUAUGAAAAUUUUUUAUUACAUAUGAUACGCUAUGAUCAACGCUUUGUUUUGUUAAUAUAUGUAAAUUUCUUUUCACGAUUCAUCUAUAUUUUGCUUUUAUUAGCAUACAAUAAUGAUAUUGAACAAGAGUUUACUCAUAUAUUGACAAUAUUUUAUAGUUCCAAUCGGUAAUAUUCUAUUCAUUCUCAUUUGACUAUGACGUAUAGCACUACUGAAUUGUUAAAUGUUGUAUAUCAUCUUAUCUAAAUCUGUAUGGAAUAAAACCAUAUUUUUAGUUCUUUAUCAAUUGGUAUGAAAUUAGUUCUUUUAUUGAUUUAUCUUACUUUCUAUGUAGGAAUGAGUGUAAGAAAUGGAGAACAGUUCUGAUGUUGUUUAAUAAGUUCUUAUUUUUAAUUUCACACUAAUUAUUGCUCAUUCUGUACCACCUGGAUGGUCAUGUUAAUAAAGUCACCUUAAAUUUGAACUAUCUUAUGUCAGUAUUUUCUAGUAAACCUAAAACUAAUAUCA